AUGUCUGACAACCGCGAAAAGCUUUUCUCUCAAGAGAACAAUGAACGCCGAGACUCAUUCACUAGUCUAUUCCACACUGAUGACACACCGCUGCCUGAAGGGCUUGAGAACCUCGCAGAACUCGCAGAACUCGCACCGCAAAUCCACCGGGGAAAAGGCGUCAGUCCUCAAUUUAAGCCGACGAUAGAGCACUUUUCGAAGAAACUUGCCGUGCUAGUCUCGGUGACCAGCGGCGAGGCACACCCUGACGCUCCUCAGUCCAUCCUCGCAUUCCAUUUGCUCACGAAUCAGCAGCUUGAUGAUAUUGCUCGCCACUACCAUCAAGUCUGGCCUCCGAUGCCCGAGAGCUUUGAGUACCCCAAAAUGAUCCCUGCCUGGAUUGGCACCGAGUCCGAAGACACGACUGACAUUGCGACAAAGCGUCGUCGGAUUGGUCGUUUUAUCGGGAUGCGUGGCUGUGAAAGUCCUGUUGAGUCUUCUUUUGGUUUGUCUGUUCAUGCUACAGAAGAUUCAGGAACACUAGAUGCUGACCAAGAUGAGUGCCCUGGACUCGCGCAGAGAUUGGAGCGUGAGUGGCAGGAGGCCAUGUUGCGAGCUCGCAUGGAGGGCUCUUCGGACCUGAUUCUGCCACCAAAAGGUCGUUUUUGA